CUGCCUGUUGCCGAUGUAUGUAGUCGCGUGGCGUGUUUCUAAACUUCUUGUGCUUUGUUGAAGUGCAUUUUAAGCGUUUAAACUCUUCUAUUGUGGGCAAAAUGGAAAUCAACAAACAAUCAUCUGUCGCUGACAUUAUUCUUUUUUUGUAAAAGAACAAAUUGGAUGAAAUUGUCGAAGAUUUUGAAGGUAUUGUCUCAUCCUGAAAUGUCUUGUGCAUAAAUCUAGUGUAGAAAAUAAUUCAAAAUUACAUUUAUAGAUGACUUGCCUUGUUUACGUUUUACUAGCAGGCAGAUUUGGUCGAGCGCUUUUAGAGAAUACCAACAGCAAUAACGUAAUUUCAUUGACGUUUUUCUUCUCAUAUUUUUAAAGCUAAUCAAGUCGGCGACGAGGAUUUUUUCAAUUUAGAACCACAUGAUAUUUAUCAGAUGAUUCCUCGAAUACUACUUCGCAAGAAAUUUACGUGUAUUUGGAAUGACGUUACUCAAAAGGGGGUCAUCAGCUUCAACAACACACUCUUGUGUCACUUCGAACAACAUCAGAACCAUCAACAAGGAUGUGAAUCCAGACAUUCCGAGUAAUUCAGCUGAUCAUCAAGAAAAUCAUGAUGAGGGCUUGUCAGAAUCAGCUUCAACAGUGCACUCGUACAUCUAUUCAAGCCACAUAAGAACCAUCAACUUGGAUGUAAAUGAAGACAUUGUUCUUAGUACUUCAGCUGAUCAUCAAAAUGAUGAGAACAUUGGACCAGAGAGACAUCUCAAGGACCAGCCUAGUUCCAAGGAGUCCCUUGACAGCUAAUGUGAACAAUUCCAAUUGGUUGUCCAAGUUUUGUUUGCCAACAAGAUGGGAACCAGCAGUGGAGGAGGCAUUAAAAAGGCAGGAACUAAAUCCAAAUGAAAAAAAUGCAUUAAACAGGCAAUUAACUUCUUCAAUUUUGGCACAUACUGAAUCGCCAACUGUUCAUGAAAGAAAACACAUUGCUCUUAUGUUAAUUCAAAAGUAUCCAUUCUUAAAGGGAUCAUUUGGUUCUGGUCAUCAACUAUGGGCAAACAAAAUAGCAGACCGAGUCCUUAAUCUGCGAAGAAGAGCAUCCCAAGCUCAAAAGCGAAAGCGGCUUGAAGAAGGGGUCCUAAUUCCAAAGGGAAAACCUGGUAGGAAAAGUAAGAAAUCAGCUUGCAAUUCUCUCCCAUCUCUUCCAGAAGGUGAAACAGAAGCAGCUAUUGUAAUUCAACAAAAGCAGUUGGUUGAAAUGUUUAAUAUUGGCUCGCAAGACUUGAGCAAGAUCAAUGUGUUGAUGAACAAUACCUUUGCUCAUCGGCGUAGAGACAUUUUGGUGAACAAUACAAAGCUGAAAGCAGAGUUAGGACAUAUUUUGGAGAAGAGUGAUGUUGUGCAAGACAUGAAGGAACAAUGGAAUUUACACAAAUAUAAAAUGCUGUCUGCUAUUAAAAAUACAAAGCAAAAGAAUGAGCUGGAGGAUUGUCCAGUUGAAGAUGAGGAAGAGGUCAAGAACCGGUGUAUAAUGGCAUGUUUGCCUUUUGUGCUAGAUGACCAACGCACCCAUCGAGAUAUGAACAAAAAGCUAUUUUGGGACAUUGUUGAUGGUUAAAGAUUGCGGGAAGUUCAAGAGAUCAUUAACAAAAGCUCGUCUCCUAGACUCCUAUCAACAGGAACAUUAAGAAACAUUCAUUCAAUAAUGUUGGUGGCUGAGGGGAUGAUUGUGGCAAAGUUGAAAACAGAAAAUAUUGUCAACGCAUUUAUUAUUUUACUUAGUUCUUUUUAUACUUUUAAUGCUGAGUAUCCUAAAGGUGUUAAUGGACAUGGCAAAAAUGUAUUUAUUCUUUUAGAACAUUUGUGACUAUCAAAUGUUCUAUUUGUGAUUAUCAAAUGUUCUAUUUGUGAUAAUCACAUGGUUGUGAUUAUCACAAACCAAAAUAUUGCCUUCGUCGUCCACAGCAACACCUUCUGGGCCGUCAAACUGAGAAUCCCUGGUACCUGAACAUUUUUGCUAUUAGUAAAUUUUACAAGCGUGUAAAGCGUGAAUAGUACAAUAAUUUUCGUAGAAUAUUGCAA